AUGUCUACGGUCGCAUCAACCCCACCUUUGCCGAACACCAGAGGUAGCCAUUCAGCGACAAUAGCUUCGCAAAACUUGUUAGCGAUCGAUAAGACCGCUCAGUCAGGCUCAGACUAUCACAGGAAGUUCAUUGGGGAAACAAUUCUCGAUAAUAAGCCUACAAAUUGCUUUGUUCUUUCGCUUAAAAAUUUACCUCUAUUCGCUCACAUUGGAUGGAGAGUUGGUAAAGGCCGUGAGUCACUACAGCAUCGUGGUGUAGAUCUUCUACUAUGUUUGGAUCAACAGGAUGACGGAGCAGCUGGAAUUCAUGCGCGAUUUAAUUGGGUUAAAGGAGCAAGCGGCUUCUUUCUUAUUGCCGAUAACAAAUCAGGGAAAAAGGUGUUAAUGGAUGGAGAGAUAUUCGGACAAGACCAGCGCCUUAUACACCGGAAAAACACUAUCAUGAUCGGAGAAUGUAUCUUUACAUUGCAAUAUAGCAUUCGAGACUCAGUCAAAGAAGAACAGUUCCAGCUAGACCUCCGCCACCUCUUCCGUCGAUGUCAUGGGGAGCAACAUCCUUUAAUCCUCCCUACUCCAGGGGAGAAUGAUUCUAGGAUUGGGGAUUGGAUAUUCCAACAACCACUCUCAAGCGGUGGUUUUGGUAUUGUGCAUAUGGUCAUCAAUUCACAUACGGGACAACCAGCAGCAGCUAAAUGGAUCUUGAAAUGUAAGAGAAAUGGGCGGAACGUGGAUAAAGAGAUAAUAAUGGCCAGAAAGAUUUCUAAGUUUACCCAUGACCGAAUAUGCAGCCCCCAAGAAAUUAUCCAUCUUGAUCUGAGACGGUCUAAAAGUGAGAUUGACCGAAUCCAGAUGUACCUAGAUGAAAAAUGGACACCAACAGCGGAGAAUCUCACAGAUGAAUAUAUUAUCAUAUCGCCGUUACUUAAUGCAACAUUCCAUUCGCUCUAUGGAUCAAAUGUGUCAGCUGCUGGGAGAGAAACGUUUUUCUCACAAUUACUGGAAGCGAUUGCUUUUCUUCACGAUCAAGGCAUUUGGCAUCGCGAUGUGAAACCAGCUAAUAUACUAGUGAGGAGCUAUGACCCUCCGGAUUCUAUGCUUACAGACUUCGGCUGUGCAUCUGAUAAGGCAGCCAUUAGGUUUGAUGGAACUGGAACCCCUCGAUAUCUUGCACCAGAGCAACAGUACGGGGAGCUACAUGGAAAAGAAGUUGAUUAUUGGAGUUGCGGUAUUAUCGGGUUGGAAUUGGUACGCGGAAGAGUGAUCGAGUCAAGAAUCAAACCCUGUGAUGAUGGUCUUCUUGAUCUUGAUGACCAAGAUAUAGCCAAGUUAAGCUCGCCAGACAUUUUGUCAAAGUGCUCUCAAGCCAUGCUGCAAAUUGAGCCGCACUUGCGAAUGACAGCCGUUCAAGGUUUAAAGCUUUUUCAACCCCCUCGAGUGCAACAGCAAGGACCUGUCAAGCGAAGGAUUGACAGCUCUCCGUUGUUGAAUGAUGAAAGUUUAGCUACGCCCGCGUUGAACAAGUAG